AUGGCAAAUCGUGCCAUAUUGAUGGAGCGAGUGGUGGUUUUGAUAUGCAGUAUAUUGACUCUAAUCAUCGGCUCAUGUAUCGGGUCUCCAAACCAUAGUCACCGGCUGGUGUGCUGGAAAGCCAUCCUCAAGUGCCACGGAGAGCCAGAGUGCCAUUACGCCUACGAUCAGUACCUGUACGCCUGCGCGUCUGUAAUCAAUGGAAACCGUAAAAAGUGUCCCAGCCACUGCAUAUCCUCUCUGAUCCAGCUCAAUUUAACCCAAAGUGGCCCGGCUCUGGAGGACUGCGACUGCGCCAUGGACCCGGUCUGCAGGGGCACCAAACAAGCCAUAGAGCCGUGCCUUCCGCGGACCAGCACCAUGGGCUGCACGGAGGCGCGGAGGCAGUGUGAGAUGGACGCGUCCUGCAGCGGUGCGAUGAGGGAUUACUUGUUCCACUGCAGGAAACUUUUCGGAGGGGAAAGAUGUUCGGACGGGUGCCGCAGGGUGAUAGCAAACAUGCGCUCCAUCCCCAAAGCGCAGCAGCUGGACACGUGUGUUUGUGAUGGCACAGACAGGAACAUCUGUGAGUACAUAAAGGUCAGCAUGAAGACUUUCUGCUCGGAUUCCGGGGACAGGUUCGCGGGAAGCGGAUUUUCAGACUCUGAGGAGGAUUCAGAUGAUGAUUACAUCGAUCAGGAGGAUUAUCAGGACGUGGAAAACUCAAGUGACUCCUUAUUUUGCCAGACUGUGUUUACUGUCCUCUCCACCAUUUUGGUUUUAACAAGAUUAGUAUGA